CGUGUAAGAUUUUGGGGGACGCUUGCUUGUCUUAUGCGGAUGUGUUUUGUAUAAAAGUGGAUAGUUCUGUGUGUAAGUGCGGUUAAUAGAAUUGGUAAAGACCGAUAACGGGUUUCACGCUUAAAUCUGCAUUGGUUACUUAUGUAAUACCAUAGCGUUGUAUUAUAGAAACGGUGAUAACUGGAUUUACAGCAUAUAGUAAUCGAAGUAGCCUACUAGCUGACAGUGAAAAACGAAUUAAAAGCAACAUUCUCCGUUUAAAAAAUAGAUAGAAACACGACCGCUAAAAUGGUAAAAGACAGACAACACCAUUCAUCGUAAGCGCGCAGCCACUAAUGUGUAUCAGAUAUCCUUGCUGCGCAGAGGGAAUUCUAGAGUAGCAGAGGUCUACCAUGCCUGUUGGAUGGCGAACGCCGCGCAUUUCCUGGAGCGGAGCCGGGGUGACACUCAUUUUUUGGGUGUUCAGUGUUCAUUUUGUUUGUGCCAGUUGUGAAAAGUCUGUCUCAGCCCUGACUGUUGUGGAGAGCACUGAGCCCAGCAAUGAUGAUGACGGAGAGGCCCAUGUUGACAGUGAAGAGGACCCCGAAGACCUGAAGGUGUUUCAGCCCACGGACCAGUGGCAGACGCUCCGACCAGGUUACGCCGUGCCCGCGGGCUCCCACGUGAGGCUCAACCUGCAGACGGGACAGCGGGAAGUGAAGCUCGGGGAAGAGGGGUCCCUCCGCUACUGGAGCGACGGUCAGAGGCGAGGCAUGGUUAACACGGAGACCCCAUCCUUCACCGCUCAGGAGCUGAAGAAGGCCCUGAAGCAGUUCAAGGAAGAAGGAGCUGAGUCUCCAAAAAAGGACAAAGAGAAGGAGGAGGCGGAGCUUCGGGCCCAGUUCCGCUCCAUGGAGGAGCUGAGGAAGGACAUGGAGAAGCUGGACAUGCUUGUGGAGACCGACUUCCAGAUCAUGAGCAAACUGAUAUCCAAGCUCAACAGCUCCAGCUCCACGCCAGAGGACAGGGUCUCAGCCCUGCUCGACCUGGAGUACCUGGUGCACCAAGUGGACAAUGGGCAGGACCUGGUGUCUAUGGGAGGGCUGAGACUGGUGAUCGACGCUUUGAACAGCACAGAUCUACGCCUGCAGGAGAGUGCUGCUUUUGUCCUGGGCUCUGCUGUCUCCAGUAAUCCUCGGGUGCAGGUUGAGGCGAUGGAGGGCGGUGCCCUGCAGAAGCUCUUGACCCUGCUGGCCACAGAGCGGCCAAUGGGUGUGAAGAAGAAGUUGCUGUUUGCUGUAGGUUCGCUGUUGCGUCACUUCCCCUAUGCUCAAAGUCACUUCCUGAAGAUGGGUGGCGUGCAGGUGCUGGGGGACCUGUUCCGAGCCUCUGGGGGCGGGGCUAUGCGUGUGAGAGUUGUCACCUUGCUCUAUGACAUGAUCGUUGAGAAGGAGCUGAUCUCUCAGGCUGGCCUGGUUCCCAUCCCGGACUCUCAUCAGGAGCGCCUGCGGCAGUACGCUCAGAUCUCCUUGCUCCCCCUGCUGGCCGAGCAGGGCUGGUGCAGCCUGGUGCCCGAGAUGCUGGCCUCCCCGGAGCACGACUGGCGGGAGAAGGCCCUGCGCGCCCUGCUGGCCAUGAUGCCACACUGCAGGCCCCAGUACCGGCAGAACCAGGCGCUGGCCCUCUCCCUGAGCGCCCUGCAGCAGCAGUACCAGGAGCUAGCGCUUAGCGAGCAGGGCCUCGGGGAGGAGGAGGGCUACUUCGGGGAGAUCCUGAGUCUGCUCAACACCGUGCUGCUGAAAGUGCGCUGACCCUGGGGGGUUUUCAGGGUGCGGGUGGGGGGGGGUG